AUGUUCUCCAAGCUGGCCCCCGCCCUCGUCGUCUUGUCCGCGUUGUGUGGCUCCUACGCCUCCCCAGCGGCCGAAGUUUCAUAUGUACUCCCUGGGUUGGAGAACGGCGCACAAAGCGUCACAAUAGUCGCCCUAGGUACAGACUCCAGCGGGCACGUCACCUACUCAAUCGGACUCGCCAUCCCCACCGCGAUCGCUCCCACCGCCACGGCGCCGGACACGACCAUCACCGCUGCAGCCACUCUCGUCGACGGCCCAUCUGACGCGCAUCUCAUCGAGGUGCUCACCGUCGCAGGCCAGACGGCGACGUUCAGCGAGGGCUGCACUCUCGAGAAAGGCAACGCCGUCUGCACGGUGGUCGGACACUUCGCGCAGACGACGAUCUCCUCGGUGGUGACGGUCACGUCGAGCGUGUCUGGCCUCUCGGUCGUGACCGCAAGUGCCCCCGCCGGGAAAGGAAACGGUGCCGGGCGGAUUGGCGUCGCGACGAUCUCCUCACUGGCGGUCGUCGUUGCAGGUGUGGUGCUUGGUGCUGCUAUGGUCUAG